AUGACUUCAGUCAUCUCCAAAUUCGUCACCCAGACCCUGUGCGACCACCGGGGGGGUUUGGACUUCAAGCACCUGGACGAGAAGAUCGCGCAGAAGUUCACUGUAGCGAAUUCAGUCCUUCAGGGCGUCCUCUUCGACGACGCCAAAGUGUCGAUCCGGGAGGGCCGACAGAAGGUCGCCGCGGGACAAGUGCUCAGCCACGACAGUCUGAUCGUGGCUAAAAGCAGCCUGCGGGUCUGCCAGAAGAAGCCGGGGGGGUGUCCGCGGUGCGACGCCUUGCACUUGUGCAAGUAUUACGUUUGCGGAGACUGCACGUUCGGACUCAAAUGUAAAAAUCCCCAUAGCCUGCAAAAUGCGUAUAAUGCUGAGAUUCUGAAACGACAUGAUCUCCAGGACUUGACAGAGAAACAGCUGUUCCAGCUGUUACUGCAGAAUGAUCCUUAUCUGCUUCCUGAGAUUUGCCCACAUUACAACAAAGGAAAUGGUUUGCACGGUUCUUGCAAAUUCGCCACCACGUGCACCAAGCUUCACAUCUGCCAGCACCAUCUCCAGGGAGACUGCAAGUUUGGCUCCUCGUGUAAGAGAUCCCAUGAUGUCAACGUGCAAGAAACAAAGGUUUUCCGAGGAGUCGGUCAGGAGAUCAUCAAAAACCUUCCUGAGAUCUACAGAAAUAAAUCCAUCAUCCAGGGUCAACGGGAGAGACCAGCUUUUCCUGCGCUGCCAGAGGGGAGCCCACCGUCUCAGCCGCUUUACCAGAAGAAACCCUCGCCCCCUGCGGCCUCGGCGUCCCCACCUCAACCCCCGAGCGACGCUGACACCAACGAAAUCUGCCUCUUCUUCAUCCGCCGGCACUGCAGCUUCAAGGAGAGGUGUGCCCGUGUCCACUGGCACCUCCCCUUUCGAUGGCAGGUGCUGGACAGCGACGGUGUGACGUGGAAGGACCUGCCCGCCAUGGAGGACACAGAGCGAGCCUACAGCGACCCGUGGAACGACACCAGCUGCACCAAGCCGCCGUCGCCCCCCUCGAGGAUUUUCAGUCUCUUGUCCCCGCAGAGCUGUGAAUCCGCCCCCUCCACUGACUUUGUGACGAUGACACGCGGAGGGUCUCCGGUUCGCCGGCUGUCCACCGCGUCCUCGGUGUCCAAGCCCCCUCACUUCAUUCUAACCACGCAGUGGCUCUGGUACUGGAGGGACGACAGCGGGCAGUGGCUGGAGUUCGGACAAAAUGGCGGCGGCGACGGGCAACUGGCUUCCGUCACCUGUGAGACUCUGGAGAACGUGUACCUGGCAGACGGGGACGCAGAGGUUCCUUUUGGUGCGGGUAAACAUCAGUAUGUCCUCCACUUCAAAGGCGCCGCGGGGACACCGCCGAUGUACCAGCAGAAUGUCAAGUUCAAAACCAGGAGAGAGGUCAGGAGGAGGCCUCGCUUUGUGUCCGCUCGCGACGUGGAGGCGAAGCUCAAGAGUGCAUCAUCGCCGGGCUCCAGUUCCGCCACAGCUGACAGCUUCCCCCCCGACUGGGACGCCACUGCUCUGCCAGAUUUUGGAUACAAGCUCAUCUCUCUCUCUAAAUCCGCAAAGGAGUAUAUACUGGUUGAGAAGCUGUUUAAGCGCACCAUGGCCCGCAGUAAAAUAAGCAACAUCCAGAGGAUCCAGAACCCGUCUCUGUGGAAAGUCUUUCAGUGGCAGAAACAGCAGAUGAAGGAGAGGAACAAAGUCACGACUGUGAACGAGCAGCACUUGUUCCACGGGACGGACGAGUCCCUGAUCGAGGCCAUCUGUGAGCAAAACUUUGACUGGCGGAUGUGUGGCGUCCACGGCACGGCCUACGGCAAAGGGAGUUACUUUGCCACAGACGCGUCCCGCUCAGACGGCUAUGUCCAGGUCAAAAGCGGUCAAAACAGGGUCAUGUUCGUUGCCCUGGUCUUGGUGGGGGAGCACACCAGAGGAAGCAGCAGCUUCGUCCGGCCCCCACCAAAAGGAAACGGCACAACCCUCUACGACAGUUGCGUUGACAGCCAGAGCAACCCCAGCAUCUACGUUGUGUUUGAAAAGCAACAGAUUUAUCCAGAGUAUCUCAUCCACUACUCCUGAGUUACAAUGAUGUUGUUUUCCUGAGAUGGUCAGCUGUAAAACGUAUUGUCGAUGGGAGUUUGUUAAAAGCGUAAAAAGCAAAAAAAAAAGUAUUUCACAAAAAAGUAUUUGCAUAGAGGUGGGGAAAAAUGUUUAAAGCACAAAUAGACAUUAGGUGUUUAAAAGCUUACUUAAGUAGAAAAACAAUCAUUUAGAUGAUGCAGCAAUAUUGGUCUCUUGUGUAAAAUAGUUUUGAAGGGGAAAUAGUCAAUGGGAUUUCUUUUGUUUGAUUAUUGUAGUCUUGUCAGAAAAACCAUAUUGCAGAAUCUUUAUCAAGAAAGUAAUGCUUAUGUUGAUUAUAUAUAAACUGGGUGAUACUCAUUUCACAGACUGCACGUUCACACAGAUUAAAGUUCAAAUCUUUUGGAUUUCUGCAACUAGCGCAAAUCGUGGCAGUGGCUACUCGCUGAGGCACCUCCUGUUGCAGGCUGCGGUGCCGCGACUUCACGACAGCUGCGUCGACUUUGCGGCAGUGGUGGUGCCUUCGACACUUGCCGUUUUUGUUUGCCAAAUAGGUGACAUUUAUGUUUUAUAAUUGGCCAACAGGUGACAAUACAGUACGCCCUUUAACAC